GCAUUCAUUAUUGUUUUAUUAUCGGAUAUAUUUUUUAAAUUUUUCAAAUUUUUCAAUGCGAUUCAAUAAUCUAAUGGAAUCUAGUUCUGCUUGUUCAUAUGUGGCAACACAACGUGGUGGUGUUGCCCUAUUAUAUGAAGGACAUCGUUAUAAUAAAGUACGUGAUGGUAAAGAUGGUACUGUUUAUUGGCGUUGUUCACGUGAUCGACAAUGUCCUGGUCGUGCUGUUACUGUUAAUAAUCGGAAUCUUGCAUCAAGUAAUUUUGCCAAUAAUAAUAAUAAUAAUAAUUCCAGUCAUUCAUUGCUGCCUUCAAAUAAUAAUAAUAAUAAUAAUCUUCCAUUUAUAAAUCAAUCAUCUGUUAAUGAUAAUUUUAGCCAAGCCAUGAAUCUUUCAUUACCAAAUACGAAUAAUGUUGACAAUAAUAAUACAUUAUAUUCAUCAUUAAAUAAUCAAUUUAAUCUAAUUAAUAAUCAACAAAAUAUUUUAGAAUCUUCAUUUAAAAUGAAAACAAAUUCUCGAACACCACCACCGCCAUCAGCAUCAAAUUUGUUAUCUCAUCAUCAUCAUAAUCAUCAAUUAAUGAAUAAAUCAUCAUAUCAUCAAUACAAUAAAUUAUUAAGAAAUAAUAAAUACUCAUCAUCAUCAAGUCAACAACAACAGCAACAACAACAAAAUGCAUCAAAAAAUAAUAAUCCAUUCGAUGCAUUGAAUCGAUUAGCUUUAUCAAAUUCACCAUUAAAUACACAUUCUUCAUCAUCAUCAUCAUCGAUGAUGAUCAAUAUGAAAUCAAAUGAUUCGCCAACAAGUCGACCAUCAAGUACAUCAUCAUUUUCAAUGCUAAAUACAACACCAACAGUAAAUGAUAUGGCAAGCAAUACGAUAACUUGUCAAACAACAGAUCCUCUUACUAUACAAUUACAAGAUGCGUUUCAAGAAGCACAUGCAGCAGCAUUUGCUGCCGCUGCAUUUCCAUCAUUACUAAAUGAAACAUUUAAAUUUUUAUCAGCUACAGCGGCUACCAAUCCACAAAUGGCUGCCGCAUUAGCACAAACAUUAUAUAAUCAAAAUUUAUUAAAAAAUUUUGAUCUAACAAUGGCAACUGCAACAGCAGCCGCUGUUGUAGCUGCAUCCAAUAAUAAUAAUAAUAAUAAUAACGAAAAUCAAUCUGAUAGAUCGAUUGAUAAAUGUCAACUAAAUCAUUUAUCUAUUGAUCACUCACCUUUUGUUUCUUUAGGAGAUAAUUUUCGUUCUGAUCUCGAUACAAAUUUCUAUCGACGACAACAACAACAAGAUCAACCAUUAAAUAUGGCCGUACGAGAUAAAACAAAUAUUUUAAAAGUUUUACGUGCAUUAAUGCGUAGUGCAGGUAUUCAAUCAUCAGAUAAUAAUGCUAUCAAUUCCGAAGCAUCAUUCCAUGCAUUAGUAGUACCUACCUCUGAUUCACAUGGAUCUGAAUAUAUUGCACCAUGUGAUGCAAGACGUCAAUUUAUUACUGAUUUUACUGGAUCAGCUGGUACAGCAGUUAUAACAUUAAAUGAAGCAGCUUUAUGGACUGAUGGAAGAUAUUUUUUACAAGCUGAACGUGAAUUAAAUAAACAACAUUGGAUAUUAAUGAAACAAUAUCAACCAAAUACACCUACUAUUGGUGAAUGGUUGAAUAAAGUUUUAACACCUGGUUCACGUGUAGGUGUUGAUGCACAUACAAUGUCAUAUGAUUUAUGGAUAAAAUUGGAACAGGAACUAUUACUUUGUGGCAAUCAAUUAAUACAAACACCUUUUAAUUUGAUUGACCAAAUUUGGACAUGGCGUCCUGAAAGACCAUUUGAACCUGUUAUACCAUUGGAAAUGAAAUUUGCCGGCAAAUCAUUCAAUGAUAAAUUGAUUGAAAUUCGUGAAAAAAUGUUAAAAAAAGAUGCUGCAUUAUUAGUGUUAACAGCAUUGGAUGAUAUUGCAUGGUUAUUUAAUUUACGUGGAUCUGAUAUUGAUUAUAAUCCAGUAUUUUUUUCCUAUGCAAUCGUAUCAAUGAAUCGAGCUUAUUUAUUUAUUGAUGAAUCAAAACUAAAUGAAAAUUCAUUAAAACAUUUGGGCAUUAAUGAUGAUGAUGAUAAUAAUCAAAACAAUUUAAAAUCACCAUCAACAUCAACAUCAUCAACACGUUCAUCACCAAGUGUUCGAUCGACAAACAAUAAUAAUGUUCAACAAUCACCACAAUCGAUGAUAAUUGAAAAAGAAAAUGAAUCAACCGAUGAUCCUAUGUCAUCAAUGUUCGUGAUUGAAAUUCAUCCAUAUGAAUCGAUUAAUGAAUUUAUUCGAUCUUUUGUUAGUUUAAAUCCAAGGGAUAAAAUUUGGAUUAGUAAUAAAUCAAACUAUGCACUAGUCAAUUUAAUACCGGAAUCUCGAAGAAUUUUGACUGGCGUUAGUCCUGUUUGUUGUUUGAAAGCAAUUAAGAAUCAAAUUGAAUUGGAUGGUAUGCGUCGUGCACAUAUCAAAGAUGCUGUAGCACUUUGUGAACUUUUUGCUUGGAUCGAAGAUGAAGUCAAAAACAACAACAACAACAACAGCAAUGGUGGUAACAAUAAUAAUACGAAAAAGCAAACAUCGAAUGAUUCGAAAAAUGAUAUUGAAAUUACAGAUCCUUUGUCGCCCAACUCUCAAACAUCAUCGUCGUCGUCAUCUUCGUCAUCUACAUCAUCCUCCUCAUCAUCAACAACAAAAAAAUCUUGUCAGCUUUCCACAACCGCUGUUGUUGAUGAAUUAAAUGUUGAUAUUAAACUAGAAGAAUUAAGAAGGAAACAAAAAGAUUAUGUUGGACCAAGUUUUGAAACUAUUGCCGGAUCUGGACCAAACAGUGCUAUUAUUCAUUAUAAAAGUACAGAAGAAACUAAUCGUCCAAUUACAAUGAAUGAAAUGUUUUUAUUGGAUUGUGGUGCACAAUUUCGUGAUGGUACUACCGAUGUAACACGUACUAUUCAUCUUGGUCAACCAUCGGCUUAUGAAAAAGAAUGUUUUACUCGUGUAUUGAAAGGACAUAUAUCAUUAGCACAAUGUCGUUUUCCACGAUUAACAAAAGGUCAAUUUUUAGAUGCAUAUGCUAGACGUUCAUUAUGGGAUGUUGGACUUGAUUAUAAUCAUGGUACUGGACAUGGUGUUGGAAUGUUUUUAAAUGUACACGAACCGCCUAUUGGUAUUUCAAAUCGAAUCAAUAUGGAUGAUCCUGGUCUUGAUGAACAUAUGAUUUUAUCGAAUGAACCUGGUUUUUAUGAACCAAAUCAAUUUGGUAUUCGUAUUGAAAGUUUAGUUGUUACAAAAAAAGAUAAUCUUAAGUAUAAUUUCAAUGAACGUGGUUAUCUUGGUUUCGAAACAAUCACAUUGGUACCUAUUCAGACAAAACUUUUGGAUAUCAAUUUACUCACUUUGGAUGAGAUCAAAUGGAUAAAUGAUUAUCAUCAACAAUGUCGUGAUAUUGUUGGCAAAGAACUUGAAAAACAAGGUCAAAUUCGAGCACUUGAAUGGCUUCUCAGGGAAACUUCUCCCAUCACCGUCGAUAAAUAGAUAAACAAAUUUUAUUAUUAUAACGAAUUAAGCGAAUAUAUUUUCUAAUUAUCCUUUUUUUUCUAUUUUCUUUUCUUAUAUUCUGUGUGAACAAACAAAAACAAAAACAAAAAUCAUU